AUGAUGCGGCCGUUCGAAGCUCACGCAGGCGUGGACCCGGGCCAAAUCGGCAUCUACGUCGACGACGAAGAUCUGCGGACCGGCCCACCAGCAAUAUGCCUCGCGUCGCUCCACAACCGGCUCAAGACGCUCCCGGAAGAGCACGUGCGCACGUCAGCGGUUGUCGUCAUCACGAGCGGCGUCACUACCUAA